GAGGGAUGGUGAAUUUCUGUUUCAUCACUGGGUUUUGCAACUGGCUCUGCAUGGGACUGAGGUCUUUGGAAACCAGAGCAUGGUCUGUAUCUCAGGGUCUUGCCCUCACUUGCCGGGAACCUCUUUUUCUAGGCUCUCUUGAGGUUCCCCAUUCCAUUCCUUUUCCUGUCGCACCCUCUGUGUUAGCAGGUAAACCCUGCUCACCAGAGAACUUUCCCAGACUGUUGAUUAUGAGCUGGUAGGAGGAGGCCAAGUGACUGACUGGCACCCUCAGGCAUGUGGGGAGUGGUUGUGGAGUGCCUACUCUCUCCGCGAGGCUGUGGGGGGCAUUGUGUUCAGCAAAGUAGAGUAACAGACUGCCUCAAUGUGGUUUCUUUGUGCUGUUUACCAAAUGUAAAUGUAUUCCCGCCGUGGUCUUUUUUUUUUUCUUGUGAUGUGUGCAUUGAUUUCCUCUCUUCCCUACAUGCCUCGAAUACUGCUGAGCGCAUAGUAGGAAGUCGGUGCACACCCGCUGAUUCGGUGAGAGCUGAUCGGGUGAGCCGGUCGGGAACGGAAGCUGCCCCUUCGCUAACUUCGUCUAGAGCCACGGCUGCAUACUUUGUCGUCCUGUUCCAAAUUAUGAAUUACUCAUCCUGUUUGCACUCUUUGUGGACUUAGGCUCCCCUGAGCCACUUCAUCGCUUCUGCUGCCCGUCCUCAAGGUAGCCAGUCAUACUAUUUGCUCGAUACUAAGUCUCGUCCCGGUGACAGCGCAGCCUUUGAAAAAGCUUGGAUAUACCCGCUACCGGCAGAUGCCCGUAUUUUUCAAACCAAGAGAAAAGACACGUAGCAGCCCCUCGCGUCACGAGGCCGGGGAUGCCAGAAGCAUUGGCCUCCUUUAGAAUAGCUCGUUGCCACCAGCCCACCUUGGGACACCUUGACCCCAAGCCCAGCAGUAAGUCCAACAUGCUGCGGGGCCGCAACUCAGCCGCCUCUGCUGACGAGCAGCCCCAUAUCGGCAACUACCGGCUCCUUAAGACCAUCGGCAAAGGCAACUUCGCCAAGGUGAAGCUGGCCCGGCACAUCCUGACCGGGAAGGAGGUAGCUGUGAAGAUCAUUGACAAGACUCAACUGAACUCCUCCAGCCUCCAGAAACUAUUCCGCGAAGUAAGAAUAAUGAAGGUUUUGAAUCAUCCCAACAUAGUUAAGUUAUUUGAAGUGAUCGAGACUGAAAAAACUCUCUACCUUGUCAUGGAGUACGCUAGCGGAGGAGAGGUGUUUGAUUACCUGGUGGCUCAUGGCAGGAUGAAAGAAAAAGAGGCUCGAGCCAAAUUCCGCCAGAUAGUGUCUGCUGUGCAGUACUGUCACCAGAAGUUUAUUGUUCAUAGAGACUUAAAGGCGGAAAACCUGCUCUUGGAUGCUGAUAUGAACAUCAAGAUUGCAGACUUCGGCUUCAGCAACGAAUUCACCUUUGGGAACAAGCUGGAUACCUUCUGCGGCAGUCCCCCGUAUGCUGCCCCAGAGCUCUUCCAGGGCAAAAAGUAUGACGGACCCGAGGUGGAUGUGUGGAGCCUGGGAGUUAUCCUGUAUACACUGGUCAGCGGGUCCCUGCCUUUUGAUGGACAGAACCUCAAGGAGCUACGGGAGCGGGUACUGAGGGGAAAAUACCGCAUUCCGUUCUACAUGUCCACGGACUGUGAAAACCUGCUUAAGAAAUUUCUCAUUCUCAAUCCCAGCAAGAGAGGCACUUUAGAGCAAAUCAUGAAAGAUCGAUGGAUGAAUGUGGGUCACGAAGAUGACGAAUUAAAGCCUUACGUGGAGCCACUCCCUGACUACAAGGACCCCCGGCGGACAGAAUUGAUGGUGUCCAUGGGUUACACACGGGAAGAGAUCCAGGACUCACUGGUGGGCCAGAGGUACAACGAGGUGAUGGCCACCUAUCUGCUCCUGGGCUACAAGAGCUCUGAGCUGGAGGGUGACACCAUCACCUUGAAGCCCCGGCCUUCAGCUGAUCUGACCAAUAGCAAUGCCCCUUCCCCCUCCCACAAGGUACAGCGUAGCGUCUCGGCCAACCCCAAGCAGCGGCGCUUCAGUGACCAGGCUGGUCCUGCCAUUCCCACGUCCAAUUCCUACUCUAAGAAGACUCAGAGUAAUAACGCAGAAAAUAAGCGGCCUGAGGACGACCGGGAGUCAGGGCGGAAGGCCAGCAGCACAGCCAAAGUGCCCGCCAGCCCCUUGCCCGGCCUGGAGAGGAAGAAGACCACCCCCACCCCUUCCACGAACAGCGUCCUCUCCACCAGCACAAACCGAAGCAGGAAUUCCCCCCUUUUGGAGAGGGCCAGCCUUGGCCAGGCCUCCAUCCAGAAUGGCAAAGACAGCCUAACCAUGCCAGGGUCCCGGGCCUCCACGGCUUCUGCUUCCGCCGCAGUCUCUGCGGCCCGGCCCCGCCAGCACCAGAAAUCCAUGUCGGCCUCCGUGCACCCCAACAAGGCCACUGGGCUGCCCCCCACGGACAGUAACUGUGAGGUGCCGCGGCCCAGCACGGCCCCCCAGCGUGUCCCUGUCGCCUCCCCCUCCGCCCACAACAUCAGCAGCAGUGGUGGAGCCCCAGACCGAACUAAUUUCCCCCGGGGCGUGUCCAGUCGAAGCACCUUCCACGCUGGGCAGCUCCGGCAGGUGCGGGACCAGCAGAAUUUGCCCUACGGUGUGACCCCAGCGUCUCCCUCUGGCAACAGCCAGGGCCGGCGGGGGGCCUCGGGGAGCAUCUUUAGCAAAUUCACUUCCAAGUUUGUACGCAGAAAUCUGUCUUUCAGGUUUGCCAGAAGGAACCUGAAUGAACCUGAAAGCAAAGACCGAGUGGAGACGCUCAGACCUCACGUGGUGGGCGGCGGAGGCACUGACAAAGAAAAGGAGGAGUUUCGGGAGGCCAAGCCGCGCUCGCUACGCUUCACGUGGAGUAUGAAGACCACGAGCUCCAUGGAGCCCAAUGAGAUGAUGCGGGAGAUCCGCAAGGUGCUGGACGCAAACAGCUGCCAGAGCGAGCUGCACGAGAAGUACAUGCUGCUGUGCAUGCACGGCACGCCGGGCCACGAGAACUUCGUGCAGUGGGAGAUGGAGGUGUGCAAACUGCCGCGGCUGUCUCUCAACGGCGUGCGAUUUAAGCGGAUAUCGGGCACCUCCAUGGCCUUCAAAAACAUUGCCUCCAAAAUAGCCAACGAGCUCAAGCUUUAACAGGCUGCCGGGAGUGGGGGGCGACGGAGGCGGGCCAGCCGGACGUAGCUGCUGGGGCCGGGCUCCGACCCACCUGGGCGAGACUGCAGAGAUGGAUUGGUCUGUCUCCCCCUGCUGGCGCUUCUCCCCUCCCGCCCUCCUUGGUUGGUUUUUUUUUUCUUCUUCCAUGUUUGGGGGGGGACGGGAGACGGUUCUUGCCCCCCAACAUUUGCCCCUGCCCAGAAAGUCCCCCCCUUCCCCCCUCUCCCCCACAGGAGGCCAAGGAAGGGGGGGAGGGGUGGGGGGGGCGGGGCUCCCCCUCGGUACUGCGGUUGCACAGAGUAUUUCGCCUAAACCAAGAAAUUUUUUAUUACCAAAAAGAAAAAAGAAAAAAAAAAAAAAUCCCAGCGGCCACCUUUCCUCCCCGCCCCAUCGGGACAGUUGAGACUGGAUCUGUGGGGUUUCCCGGGAGGGUGGCUCAGGGCUGGAACACUCUCAGGCAAGAGUGGUGGAGCUCCCCGUCAGGCCCUCCGCCAGGCCCACUUUGGGCUUCUCCCCUCUCCUUCCCUCCUUCCCUCCAAGCAAACCACCAGAGGUGGCCUUCCCCUGACCUCGGGCCCCAGGGCUGGAGGCCCGGACGGCCGGGCCGGGGACCGGGGGGCUGGGGGCGGGGCGCUGCGCAGCCCUUUAGUUGGGGGGUGGGGGGCGGCGGCAGCUCCGGGCUGGCAGGCGCGGCCCGGGGCCCCGGCCCCCUCCACACUGUAUCCUCUGCCCCUCCCUCCCCAGAGCCGGGCAUUUCCUUCCACAAGCUGCUGUGGGGACUUUUGUUCCCCUCCUCAAAAGUCUGUGCCAUCUUCUCCCACCCCUCCUGGGUAGAAGGCGGGGCUGACCCCGGGGCCGGGAGAGGGGAGGGGACUGCAGGGCAGAUGGGCUCCUCGGCCCCCUGGGGGCCGCCUGGGCUGCUAGUCUCCGGAACAGGGAUGCUGGGCACUCUCCAUCAGGGGAGAGCCUUUGUCUGAAAGCACAGCCCCUCGCCGUUCCUCUCCCCUGCCCCUUCAUUGGCAUUAAUCUGGGCACCAGCUAGUUCCAUAGCAGUGACUCCCCCUCACCACUCAUCUCGGCCUUGCCUUUUCUUCCUGACACUGUCGCCCCUCCUCUCAGGAGACACUGCCCAGGGCCUCCACGGGCCCGCUGGCAGGAGGCUGGAUAGGGCAGCAGGGCCGGGAGCAUCUGCCCUCCAGGGGGUGGGGGGACAGACAGGCCUAGUGACUCCCAGCUUGCUAACCUCCUCGGCCAGUGUGGGAGUGGCUGGUCAUGGGCGCUUGGCUGGUGGCGGCCGCCGCAUCCCUUAAUUUAUUUCUCUGCUGUUUCUGUUCCUGAGAAGUUGGGGGAGGGGGUCCUGCCGAGGCUGCCCCCACCCUCACCUGAGUUGUACAUUUUUUUUUUUUGUGAUGGGUUUUAUUUUUUAUUUUAUUAUUUUAUUUCUUUUUUUGAUUUAUGAUGACUCCACCCCUACUCAUCACCCCCCCUGUUCCCAGCCCAGGCUCCGCGGCAAGGCGAGCCCUUGGGUCCCAGGAAGGGGCCUAGCCAACCUCAGCCCUCCUGCUCCAGGCCCUGACUGCAGGCUCUGUGGGCUCGGGCUCAGGCUCCGACCAAGGGCUCCCCCUCUCCCUUCUUCCCUCUCUUCCUCCCUCCCCAUCCCUCCUGCCCAGUGGAACAGCCCGGGUGCUCUUCUGAGGGGCCUGGAGGGCAUGGCUUGGCUCCCAGAGAGGGUGGUGGCCCGUGGGGGGGCCUCCCAGGCAAGGUGGCCCCUCCCCACCCGCCCCCCCCCCCCCUCACCCGCACUUAGUUUCUCCUCUGGAUCAAACACGUAAUAAAGAGAAUGUUUGGAAUCUGA